UCCAUAAGUGGGUAUAAAAGGCUGGAGGAGAUGGUGAGGGCGUACCACAUCCCCAAGACCAUACUGCUGCGGACGGGCGGGCAGAACGAAAGGGCAUGCACAAUGUCACCGACGGGCUGGAUACCAGUGUAUACGGACCACUUCGACGCCGGCCUGCGGUUUCCUCUGCCCGGCUUGAUAUUCGAUCUGCUCGCGAAAUACGAGCUGGCGUUGACGCAGCUAACGCCCAACAGCAUAAGGUUCAUUAUUGGCUUUAUGCUGUUGUGUGCGCGACUAGAGGUACCAGCCAAAGCGAUAGUGUUCAGAUCGCUAUUCCAGUGCCGGCUGUGUCCGAACUCACAAGGAGCGAGGUGGUAUUACCUCUCUGGGAGGGAUAAGAGCCAGCUCUUCAAAAAUGUGAGGAACAAGGUGGCGAGGUGGAAGAAACAGUUUAUUUUUGUUCGCGACACGCGAGCAGAAGGGAUAAGCAACGACCUCGCUGCCCGGCUGUCUGAGUGGCGCACACCAAACGCCCACAUCAACUACCCCCAGCUGCUGCCCCGGGAUGUCGAUCUGAAGAACCAACUGCUUCAGUAUGCGCAGGGGGAGGGUCUCAUAGAUUUGGAAGCCCUGGUUACCUCGGAGCAGCUCGCCCUGUUCGGGUUUGUCGAUGUGACAAACCUGUUCAGCGAAGGAGAAAUGAGCAGCAUCCUAGAGCGCCAACGACAACGUGCCAAAGCCUCACGAGGUCGCGGGGCUAGCAGCGGGCAACCCAGGCAGACGCGAUUUGACGAGCGGCCACCCCCAGCGCCUCAGUCACGUGGUUCGUCACACAGGGGAUCCAGCUCGUCGUCAAGGCCGCAAGCGGAUCACAAAGCUGAGGUUGCAGCUCCGGGCGCGCGCAGACGUGCACGCGAGGGGACGGAGAGCGAAGAGGAUGAGGUUCCCCUUGCUAGGUGCAUAAGAAGCGGGGAGACUCAGCCCGCACAGGCGGCUCGCCCUGUAACCGUGCGUUCUCCAAACGCACCGUCAGCGACUGUGCGGGCAGCAGCGGAGCCCGUCUCGGCAUCAGCUUCAUCCUCGGGCCCCAGGAUUACUUAUCCUGAGGGUUUCAGUUACACACGGGCGGAGUGCCAGCCCGCCAUGCAUGGCGGCCAGGUCGCCAUGAUCAAGCUGAGGGAUGCAUUCAACUACGCUGUGGCGCUCUACGAGAGCGAUCGGGCGGCUCGUACACAAAACAGCGAGCUCGGUUCCAAGUGCAAGCAACUGGCUGCUGAGAAGGCCAGCCUUGUGGACGAUGUGAAUCGUCUGCAGGGUUCUGAAAUGGCGAACCGAGCCGCGGCUGCUGAGAGCCGGGUGGACGAGCUCGCAAAUAAGAUUAAUGAGCUCAAGGAGGAGCUAGAGCGAGCCCGUGCCGAGAGAGAGAGCGGGAUUCAAGUGGCGAGGGACGAGGCCGCUCGGGUUGACGAAAGGGCCAGGAAGGCUGAGGCUGACAGGGAUCUUGUUCAGCACGAGCUGAGCUCCCUCAGACACCAGGACGCCGUGGCAGUGGCGUCUGCAAAUGUAACCACGGAAAUCUACAACGAGAUCCGUGGGAAGGUGCUGCGACAUCGCCCUAACUUCCCGAUCAGCGAGCUGGCAUUCUUUGACGGGGAGGACCUGGACGAGCAGGGAAAAAGUCUCACUCCCCUAGCUGACGCAACUGUGAGGCUGAGGUGGGAUCUGAACGAGGAGGGUGUGCCCGUCUGGCCACCGUCCGUGCUGGAGGACGGGGAGGAUCCAGCAGGACUACCCUCCUUUGACGCCUGGGUAGAGGGUGCUCCUGUGGCUGAGCAGGAGCCUUCGAGUACCCCACCCAACUCUCAGCCCGCUGUGUUGUCGGCCAGCUCGCCCGUCAGCGCGCCACCCAUUGAGCCAGCAGCCCGGUCUCCUCCAGCUCGCUCUCCUGCAGCUGCUGCUGAUGCAUCUAUGCCCGUCGAUCUGACGGAUGACUAGAUUUAGGGUUUUUUCUUUUGACUUUUUUGUACCUUGUUUUUGCAUUUUGUAUUUGAUCAAUGAAUUCAUAGCAUGUAC